AUGACAUCCGAAAAUGAUGAAAAAGAAGCUACCGAAGAAAUGCACCUCAAUACCGAUCCCGAGAAAGACGAAAAACAACGGCCAUUGAUACAAAUACAUCCACCACCAUUAUCUCCGCCACCAGACCAUAGUACUAGUGAUUUUCGGACCAGCUGGAUCUAUCUGCUACGUCAAAAUGAUCUGAUAUUGCAACUGCAGAAAUUCAACCUGGACGAUUCUGGAAACGUUGAGCAGCUACGACGCCGACUUGCCAGAUUCAUUACACCCCCGCCGUCAAGAAAUGGCGCGUUUGUUUUUCCUCCUUCCACAACUACACCGGUCCCAACUGCGUCAUUAAUUACCAUCACAACAAUAACCUGGACGACUUCCGCAGCUACAACCGCAGCUCAAAGUUCAGGUUCUAGUAGAACUACAACAACUGCCGUCACAACCACGUCAACAUCACCAAGACACAUUCAUUCGUAUUACCAGCCAAUUCAACCACGAUAUUAUCCGACCUACCCUAAUGCAAUGUAUUAUUCGCCGUCGGCUCAUAAUCUACUGGUGCACCAAAACCACCAAGACCACAUAUGA